AUGCAAACCCGUCACAAUUCCUCUUUCGCCCACCUCCAACAAGAACUCCCCCAGCGAGCCAUCCAACCCACAUUCGAAGACCUCUCACCCCAAUCCAGCUACCGCCUCGACAUGACUCUCUCAGACUUCCUCCCCCAACCAAACCCGCCUCCCGUCCUCCCUCCCACAACCCCCGCCAAAGAACUCCCCAUCCCUCACCACCUGCUCUACUUCGAACCCAGCAAGCGCCAAAGCGAUAUGCUCCCCGACGGCACCAAUCCAGACCAAUCCCCCGGUCCACCUUUCGAACGGAGAAUGUGGGCGGGAGGUCGCGUGCUGUAUAAUCAUGACAACCCGCUCCAUCUCGAUGGUCGUCGUGGCGUGUGUCAGGAAUUUAUUCGUCGAGUGGAUAUUAAAGGUAAAACGGGGGAAGAGAAAGUCUUUGUCGCGAUUGAACGCCGUUUGGCGAAAGCUUCGGCGGAUGAGUGUGCGCGUUUGGCUCGAGUGGCUGCUGCAGCGGGGGGCGCGGGGGGUGCGGAGAAGGAUCUGGCACAAGAGAAAGAGGAUCUGUAUCAUCGUGUCCGACAGCGGUUAUGGAGAGAUUCCGAAGAAGAUUUUGGCGAGGCGUCGAUUUUGGAGACGAGGAAUAUUGUGUUUUUGAAGGGGAAAAAUCCUCCUCCUCCUGCUGCUGCGCAAGCCAAAAACGAUUCUGCUUCUGCUUCUGCUUCUGCUUCUGCUGGGAAACCUCCCGCUGCUGGGGGAAAAAUGUUAAAACCAGAACUCACUCCCGAUUACGAACAUACCAUUCUCCCGGACCCAAAACUCUUAUUCCGAUUCUCGGCAUUGACAUUCAAUGCGCAUGCGAUUCAUUUGGAUCCGCAGUAUAGUCGAGAAAUCGAAGGACAUAGGAAUUUGUUAUUUCAUGGACCGAUGAGUUUUAUGUUUAUGAUGACGUUGUUGCAGCAAAAGUUGGCGGCGGCGGCGGCGCAGGGAGGAGGAGGGAAGAAGGAGGUGAUUAAGAGUGUCGAGUAUAGGAAUAUGGCGCCGUUGUAUUGUGGGGAAAAGGUCAAGUUUGCGGGGACGAAGACUGGAGAGAGAAAGUGGGAGGUUUGGGCGGAGACGCCGGAGGGAGGUCUUGCGGUAAGGGGAAAGGUGGUUACGGAGGCGAGGUGA